AUGGCUACGGAUUCAGUAAAGGUAUUAGAUGAGUCAAAUUAUGAUAUGGAUAUAUCAAACAAACUCAUUGAAAACUGGAUUACUCCUAAACAUAUCAAUCCCUUGAAACAAAUUGAUGACGAUCAACUAUCAUCAAUUUCUGAUCAUAAUAGUAAAAUCAAAAGAUUAGAAAUAAUAGAGAAAAGAAUUGAUGAAAAGUUAAAGGUAUUAGAAUUAAAGGAAAAAGAUCUAGAAGAAAAGUUAAACAUGUUAACAUUAAAAGAAACUAGUCAAACUAAGUUUCAUACUAUUGACCUCAAAAAGGAGGAUAACCUUAAAAUAAAAACAUCAUCUGGAACUCAAAACAGAGAAUCCAGAAAUAAUCACCUAAGAACCUUAAAUAUAAGUUCAAAUGGUAAUCAUCAAUUAAAGGAUUAUGAUAACAAAAUAUUAUAUUCCACGUCACCAUCCAUAAAUGAUGACAACAAUUUUCAACUGUAUGAUGAAACUUUAAGAAUGGGAGAGAAGUCAACCUACUUAAUGGAACUUCCACGAAACAACUCAACCAUUCUUAGGAACGGGAAUAAAAACGCCCAAAGUUAUCAUCGAAAUUAUUCUCAUAGUACACCAAAUUUUACAAAUCAUGAGAAUAUCAGUAAAAUACCUAUAGAUCAUCAAAUUCAAAAUUGUAAUAACUAUAGAGUAGUUUACAAGAUAGACCCCUUUCAAGGGAAUGAAUCUUUUGAAUCAUAUCUAAUAAGAUUUGAGGCUAUGUUAAGCAUUAACAUGACUCCUACUUCUUUAUAUACUGCUACUUUAAUAUUACAUCUGGAAGGUCUUCCUGCUGAAAAGGUUCAAGCACAUUAUAAUAUCAAAUCUUGCUAUAAUGAUAUAGUAGAUUUAUUACUUGAUCAAUUUCGAGGUUAUGAUAAAAUAGAAUCAGCAAAGCAAGAGCUUCAAUCUAUUUGCUAUUUAAGAAUGGAAAAUUUUAUAGAAACAGCUAGGAAAAUAGAGAGAUUAGUAGAUAUUGCGUAUAUUAAAGAUACCAACAUGGAUAGAUUGUUAAGGAAAAGAAAAUAUUUAGCAGAUUUAAUCAAAUCACCUUACGUGGCAAAUGCUGUUGAAUAUCAAUCCAAUGGAGAGAGUUAUGAAACCACCAUAUGGAAAGCAAGAAAUAUGCUAGAUAGAGAAACAAAUAACUUUUCAAAAUCAAAAAUCAUAUCAAGUAGAAGAGAGAAAUGUAUACACUGCAACUAUUCUAAUCAUAGAAGUGAAGAGUGUCACAAACAAUUUCCUCAACUUAAAAAAAAUUUAAAAGAAAAUAAACAAAAGUAUUUUAAAGAGACUAAUGCCAUUGCUGAGAGCAAUAAUUUAACAGCAAAAGAAUCUAAGAAUAUUACAACUGAACUUCCUAUUAUCAACAUUCAGUUAAAUAAAUCUCAAAAAAUUAAAGCUUUAUUGGAUACUGGUUCAACUCAGACGUUAAUUCCAAUAGUUUUAGCAAAAGAAUUAAAUAUUACUUUUGAUGCUUCAAAAUUUAUCACAUUACAAACAUUAUCAUCAAGUAAACCAAUAAUAGUAUAUAAAACUAAAUAUCCUGUAAAUUUCAAGUUUGAUAAGCAAAGCUUAACUAAAAAUGUGUAUGUUACUGAUGUAAACUUUAAACAAAAACCAUAUCAAUGCUUAAUAGGGUGGGAUCUAUUGCAGCAACUUAAAGUAUAUGGAAACUUUAUAAAAUCAAUCAAAUCUAAGAAUGAAUCUAAUGUUUUAGUAAAAAAUGCUAUGAGUAAUGAAAAUCAAGAAAUAAAUAUAUUAUUUAAAGAAUUCAAAGAUGUAUUUGCUUCAUCUGAAUUUGAUCUUGGUCAAGGUUCUUUAGUAUGUAAUGAGAUUCAAUUAAAAACAAAUAGUACAUUUAAUAAACCAAUUCAUUACCCAAUUCCUGAAGCCUACAUGGCACAAUUUAAACACUAUAUUGAUGAAUUAGAAAAAGCAAAAAUAAUUGUAAAAAAAGAUACCACAUUUUUGCAUCCUUGUAUAGUUUUACAAAAAGAUCAUAACCGUGUUAGAAUGAUAAGUGAUAUGCGUAGUAUAAAUAAUAUGGUAGUUCCCAUUUAUCAUGCAGCCCCAUCAUUCAGAGAAAUCAUUGGUCGUUUAAGUUCAAGCAAGUAUUUUACAAAGCUUGAUAGUCCAAAUGCUUUCUUCCAAAUAUCAGUACCUCCUGAAUCAGUUAAAUAUUUAGGUAUUCGCACACCGUUUGGGAAUUAUUGUUAUAAUCGCAUGCCACAAGGGUUUCUAAAUAGUAGUUCGGAAUACCAACGUUUAUGUGAAAAAAUGCUCACUGGAGUAGAAGGUGUCAUCAAUUAUAUUGAUGAUAUAGUUGUUUUUGGUGGAUCUUCAAUACAAGAUCAUCUUUUACGAGUAAAGAAAGUAUUAGAAUGUUUUCGUAAUUAUGGUAUGAAAAUUUCCUUUGAUAAAUCCACAUUUUGUGGAACAACUAUUCAAUACUUAGGAUAUAUCAUCACCUCAACUGGCUCUGCACCAGCCCCUUCAAACAUAGCUAAAUUUAUGUCACGUAAACAACCUACUUCUAAAGGUGAACUUAAAUCUUUAUUAGCUUCUAGUAAUUACUUUCGUCAACAUAUUAUGUCUUAUGCACAAAUAACCCUACCACUUGAAAAUGCAUUAUUAGAAAAAUACACCAGAUUAAAAUGGACCCCAGAAAUGACCAUGAGUUAUGAAAAAUUAUUAUCAGCAAUGCGUGAAAAUAAUUUUAUGCGUCAUCCUAAUUUUAAUAAACCCUUCAAUUUAAUAACUGAUGCAAGUAAAUAUUCUAUUGGUGCAUUAGUUACCCAGUUUGGAGAUGAUGGAAAAGAAUAUUUAAUUAGCACUUAUUCGAAGCGUUUCCGACCAGGAAAAGCUGAACAAUCUGCCACUUGGAGAGAACUUGUUGGGGUAGUACGUUCUUUUAAACAUUAUCGUACUUGGUUUGCAGGUAACUUAGUAAAUAUAAAAACAGAUCAUGGUCCACUUAUUGGAAUCUUCAAUCAUACUGACGAUUCACGUUAUAUUUCCCAAAUCAGUCAGAUGUCAAGUUUUCAUUUUAAUAUAUCCCAUCUUAAAGGAGCUGAUAAUCCCGCAGAUUAUAUUUCAAGAUUUGUUGAACCUCCCACAUCCCAUUCUUUUACUCCACCGACUCAACAUACGGUAGAAACCUUUCAUAAACCAAAUUUAGAUAUAACGAAUCAUGAUUCUGAUUCUAUUGCAACUGAUUCAUGUUUAGAAUCUAGUGAUAAUGAAUCUUCAAGUACCCCUCUUCAUCUCCAUGAAACAAAUGCUAUAAAUUCUUCAACAAGUCAAAAACGUAAGCGAGGUCGUCCAAAAAAGGUUAAUUCUUCUCCUGAUUCACCCCCAGUUAAAAAAAGAGGUCGUCCUGUGAAAAAUAAACCAAAUUUUAAUAACAAUUCCAAUGACAUUAUUCAAAUUGAUGCUCAUAAUCCCACUAUCCCUAAUUCCACUCUUCCUUCAACAGAAUCUACGCUUAAAAGAUCUCGUGGAAGACCAUCAAAAUCAAAACCAAAUACUACAGAUGAAAUCUUUGAUAAUCAUUAUGUAUCUUUAGAAAACUUUAACAAUUUUUCUCAACAAAUAGAGUCAACUUCACCAGAUUUAAAUCUUCAGGAAAUUCUUGAAGUCAGUCACAGUAAUGGGCAUCCUGGGUUAGAAAAAAUGUUGGAACUCAUUCAACUUCGUCUUCCUAACAUAGAGAAUCUACGUGGAAAGAUUGCAAAAUUUUUAUCAAAAUGUUUGCACUGCAAAUUAAGAAAUGCAGCGAUGAAACGAAUCCCACCACCUGAAGCUAUUGACCAAUAUGAUUGUCCAGGUCAAUGUUAUUCAAUGGACAUCAUGGGAAAAAUAAAACCAGCUUCGGACAAUGGAGACUGUUAUAUUGUCUCAGUUAUUGACAAUUAUUCAAGAUCUCUUACUUUAUUUAGCUUACAGAAAUAUGAUGCAGAAUCAUUGAUUCCAGCAUUAAAUAAAAAAGUUUUUAUGAUCAGAGGUUAUCCGAAAGUGAUUAAAACGGAUAAUGCUCCUAAUUUUGUUUGUUCAAAAUUUAAAUCAUUUUUAAAGAAUCUAAAUAUAAUUUUUAUUAAUUCAACUCCUUAUCACAGUCGUGGAAAUAGUCAAUGUGAAAGAUCCUUUAAGACUGUUUCAAAUAUUAUUUCAAAAAUAUGCCAAAAAAUACCUACAAAAUGGGCAGACACUUUGGAGAUGGUACAAUUUUACAUUAACAGUACAUUAUCAAAAAGUACUGGUGUUUCUCCUUUCUUUUUAGAACAUUUACGUGAACCAAAUACAUUGUUGGAUCAAAUGUUGAAAACCUAUUCAGUUGGGUUAUAUGAUGUAUCAAAAAACAUUUUUGACAUUUAUUCAGCUGCUGCAAUUAUAAGAGAAGAAGUAUAUCAAUGCAUGAGGGAAACAAGACUUCAGGAAAAUGGCAAAUUGCCGUAUAAACCUGUUUUAUCAUUCCAAGAAGGGGAAUGUUUCUAUAUUAAACAAAAUAAUGGUGAAUCAAACAAGUUUGGAUAUAAAUAUUCAGGACCACAUUCAGUAGUCAAAGACUGUGGAAAUUUUCUUGUAUACAAAAUUGGUAACGUAGAAAGGACUGUACACAAACAGAAUGUUAAAAAAGACUAUUCUAAAGAACCAGAGGAUUUAUAA